AAUGCGGUGGUGGGAAGAGAUUUAGGCAGAGCCCUGUAGGGAGAUGGGCAGUUGCCUUCACUCCCUCUCUCUCUCAAGGACUCGAUUUGUGGCUGGUGGAGCUGUCUCAAAUGAAGAGAACCGUGAGCAGCGAGUAUUUGUUACCUUAUUACACGGCCCACAGCUACCGUUCAAUGGGCGUGUUCAAUACCUCCAUGGGGGAACUGCAACGACAACUGUACAAGGGAGGAGAGUAUGACAUUUUCAAAUACGCACCUAUGUUUGAAAGCGACUUUAUUCAGAUCAGCAAAAAAGGAGAGGUGAUUGAUGUACACAACCGUGUCCGAAUGGUGACUGUGGGCAUUGCAUCCACCAGCCCCAUCCUCCCUUUACCUGAUGUCAUGCUACUGGCUCGACCAACAAAAGUCUGUGAGGAGCAUGCCAGACAUGCCCGGACCACCAAGGGGAGAGGUCGCAAGCCCAUGAAGACCCUGGAGCUCACCAGGCUACUUCCUUUAAAGUUUGUCAAGAUCUCCAUUCAUGAUCGCGAGAAACAGCAGCUGCGCCUAAAGCUGGCCACUGGCCGCACUUUCUAUCUGCAGCUGUGUCCCUCUUCAGAUGCACGAGAAGACCUAUUUUGCUACUGGGAAAAACUUGUCUAUCUCCUGAGACCACCAGUGGAUAGCUGCAGCAGUACCCCGACACUGCGAACUGGGGAUGAAGCCACCUUAGAGGAUGACAAAAGCCUAGUGACCCCAGAGCUCCAUGGAGAAGGGGAUCAGGAUAAGUUUAGUCUUCACAAGCCUCAUGAGGUGUCUAGAGCCACCUCUUCUGGUUACGCUGGGAGAGAGGGAAUCCAUCAUGCCCACCACAGAAUGCCUGGUUCACCUGCGGUCCUGAAGACUUCAGGGACUACUGAAGGAGCAGCAUCCAGGUCAGCCACAGGCAUGGCAGUAGCAGGGACAGCAACGAGUGCUACAACAGGCUUAGCAGUGUCAGGGGCAGGGGCAGGAACGAGGCCUUCCUCCGGUGCUCAGAGCAUAUCGGCAACCAGGGCUAUAGGUCCAGGCCAGGUAAACACAGUGGCCCUGGCUGGAGCCGCCGCCAAAUGUCCGGGAGAAAGUGGAUCCAACAAGGCCAUUGCAGGUGUUGUCAAUAUAUCCUCAGAGGGUACGAACGUGGCCUUGGGCACUGCAAGCACAUCCUCGGUAGGUAAUUCCACAGUAACAACAGGAACUGCCAAUCUCUCCUCAGCGAGCAGCAUGAGUGUGGUGUUUGCAGGUGCAGUGAUGACUGGCAUACCUACUGGGAAAGACCCAGUAGCAGCACCCCUCGUCUCAACCUUGCAGAGUGAAGGCUACAUGUGUGAACGGGAUGGAAGCCAGAAGGUCUCCCAGCCCAGUGCUGAAACCCGGAAGGGAAAAAAAGAAAGAAGAGAAAAGAAAGAUAGAACUUCCAGUAGGAAAAGUUCCCAUCACCACAGGACAGGUGAAAGUCACCACAGGAUGGGAGGGAACAAGUCGACCCAGAAAUCAUCCUCCCACCAGUCCUUAUCCAGCCAUGACAAAAGAGAUGACAAAAAGGAGAAAGGGCAGAGCCAUGUAAGAAAGAGAGGACACCACUCUCACAAGAGUGGCAGCUCUGUGGCAAAGGAGUCAAGGACAGCUCACAAAUUGGGGAAGAUAAAAUCUGCAAACAGUUCAGGUACUGUAAGUAAGAAAUCCAGUAAAAUUGGUUCUUUCUUCAAGAGCUUGAAAGUCAUUUCUGGUUCAAAAGCGGCAGCCACAACACACAAUAGGGAGUUGGACUUCGUGGCUAAGACCGUAGAGAAGCGCAACAUAGAGGCCAAGAUAGAGAAAGCCCAGGAUGGCCAGGAGGAUAUCUGUAGUACCCUGACAUCUGAGACAAUGGAGACAAUAAUCUUUGAAGCCAAAUCCAUUUAAAUAGGAGACCGGACAGGAAGCUGCAGCGGAGACCCAGCCUCGGGGAAACAUCCCUAGAGAGUCAAUUCCAGCUUUCUCUAAUAAAGGAAACCAUGCAACUCCAAAA